CUAUACUCUUCUUCACUGAUUAGAGGGAGGGGGCUGUCUUAGCCUGACUGUACCUUCUGCAAUAUUGUGUGAAUAUGACAGGCUUGUUUGUAGAGGUGUUACUGUGAGUGUCUGUGAUGGCACAGCCUCAUCCCUGCCCAUGGCUUCACCUGUGUUAGCCAGGUUCAGGUGGGGAAGUCCUGGGGUUAAGAUUCCACAGAUUGAUUAACCCUCCUCCUGCAAUGAACUGUCAGUAUAACUACAUUGUCUCAGACAGCUUCUGUAGCUACUUAUUUACAACUAAGUGGCAGAAUGAGUACCAUCCCUUGGCAAUUGCCUGUAUCAUACCUGACUCACUAACCCUUCCUGUUCAGGACUGUCUUUUAUGAGCUACUUUAUUAACAGUCAGCUUUUGGAUCACAGUGAAGGAAUUUGUAUUGUGGACAAACAAUUUUUUUUAACUCUUCUAAACUUUGUGUGAUUUCACUGUUAUCUUCUUGCCAUUGAAAUACUUUGCAUGGAAUACUUGUGGUUACACUGGAGGGGUUGCAGGAAUUUACAGCACCAGUAAUUUCAGCACUUGAUUGAGUACUAACUUUGUGAGAGGAGAUCUCCAUGAGUUAGCUGCUGUGGGAAGAAUGAUUGGGUGUGAAGUAAAGACACGGCUCCUGACAGUGGUUAUCCUGGGCGUGGUCUGGGGGACCAGCUACCUGGGCAAGGCAGAUAUACUAGACAAUCGCUCAGGCCCUGAGGAUUACAGAAAGUUCACAUAUGAUGAUUUGCUACAGACCCAGGUUUCAGUAUUCAGUCAUCCUGACAUCUUGGACAACGCACAAUUAACCAUAGAUAUGCCCAGAAACCAGUUGUUAGUAGGGGCCAGGGAAUGUCUAUUCCGGCUCUCGCUGGAAGACUUGUCAGAACUAGAAAUGGCUGACUGGAAGUCAAACAACAUGACCAAACUUAUUUGUAGAGCUAAAGGGCAGCCAGAGAACCUUUGUCAUAACUUUGUCCGUGUUUUAAUCGUGUAUGAUGGAGAAGUGUUCACUUGUGGAACGAAUGCCUUCUCUCCGGAAUGUUCAUGGAGAAAAGCUGAGAACCUUAACACUGUUAAAAAGUGGAUCCCUGGGCUGGCUAAGUGUCCCUACGACCCUGAUGACAGUGCCACUGCCCUGAUGACCCGGGAAGGGGACUUCUACAGUGCCACUGUCAUGGACAUCACAGCACGUGACCCCGCUAUCUACAGGAUCAUGGGACCAUCCCGUCAUCUCCGCACAGUCAGAAACUCCAAAUGGCUCAAUGAACCCGAGUUCGUAUCCGCUUAUGAAAUUGAUGACUUUGUAUACUUUUUCUUCAAGGAGGCAGCUAUAGAAUACAUCAAUUGCGGAAAGAAAGUGUUUUCUCGGGUGGCCCGUCUGUGCAAGACUGAUAAUGGUGGCCAGUUCUUGUUUGAGGACAACUGGACGACCUUCCUGAAGGCAAGGUUAAACUGUUCAAUCCCUGGAGAAUACCCCUUCUACUUUGAUGAGAUUCAGAGCACUUUUUACAUGCCAGAAGAAGAUCUUUUCUAUGCGGUGUUCACAACCCCAAGUAACAGUGUCCCUGGUUCUGCCGUUUGCGCUUACAACAUGACGUCACUACACCUCUCUUUUACUGGCCCUUAUAAACACCAGGAGAAUGCCAAGUCAGCUUGGGAAGCUCACACUAACCCCAAACCCAUGAAAACUUGUACCUCAAAGAGUGAAACCAGGAAGCGAUCUCACCAGAAUGCCAACAAUGAAGUACAUGCCAUGAAAUAUCAGCUCAUGGACAGAGCCAUUCAGCCUCUGGAAGUCAACCCUUUGCUAGUGGGCUUCAAUGAGAGGUGGGACCAGAUUGUGGUUGACCACGUCCAGGGUAAGCAUCACCAGACAUUUGCUGUGGUCUUCGUGUCCGCUUGGAACGGGAAGGUCCAGAAGAUGGUUCAACUACCAGGAACCAACACAACAUGUCUGAUUGAAGAGAUGACCAUCAUUCCAUCUGAUUCCAAGGAGAAAAUGAAAUCAAUACAGAUCUUAAAAGAUAAGUCUGUCCUGUUUGUCAGUACCACACAAAAGGUGCUCAGGGUACCCGUCCAUCGCUGUGAACGGUUCAAAACCAGAGAUCUGUGUAUCCAGGCCAUGGAUCCUUACUGUGGCUGGGACAGUUUCUACAAGGCCUGCACCACUGCCCCUGGGGGUAACCCACAUGUCCACUACUGGCAUCAACAUAUCAAUAGCUGCCCAAUAUUAGAACACCCAGUGGACGGUGGUUGGAGUAGAUGGACAGACUGGGCUCGUUGUCAGCAGGUUGGCCACUCCAAGCCAGGUGAGCAGUGCUGGUGUAGAACCAGGGCCUGUGAUAACCCAAAGCCCUUUUUUGGUGGGAGGUCAUGUGUGGGUUCAAGUGUGCAGGUGACAAACUGUACAGUGAAUGGAGAAUGGACGUCCUGGUCCCAUUGGUCCAGCUGCUCCCGGACUUGUGGUACAGCCAUCCAGUCUCGUCAGCGCUGGUGUGGUAACCCGCCCCCAGCCCAUGGGGGCAGGAUCUGUGUGGGGCCAGAGAGGGACGAGAUCUACUGUGUGGGAAACUCACCCUGCCCAGAAGAACCUGUUCACGGUAACUGGUCUAGUUGGUCAGCCUGGAGUCAGUGCACGGCCAGGUGUAAUGGAGGCAUUCAGACACGCAGGCGCAUCUGCGACAGGACACGACGCGGGGGAAAGACGCAGCAGUGUGUGGGCAACCAGAAGGAGUGGCGUAUGUGUAACCCUCACAGCUGCGAUGUUCUAAAGAAGACAACUCACUGGAGUCCCUGGGUACAAACCAACAAGACCAAGGGAGGCUUCUUCGAACAGCGUUUCCGCUUUGUGUGUCGAGCCAGCGUUCCCAAGCCAGACAUGAUGAAAUCUAGUUUCAUGAAAACGGACGUUCGUUUUUGUUUUGACGACGGCAGUGGCUGCCAUGAUUCAGAUCUUCCAUUGGUGGAUAAUGUUGAUGGCAGCUGGUCUGAUUGGUCAGAUUGGAACGAUUGUGACCAGCCAUGUGAUGGAGGCUUACAAUGGCGACGCAGACAAUGUGACAACCCAACAGCGAGCGGGGACGGGCAGGAAUGUCAGGGUCAUGCUGUGGAGGCUAGACACUGCAACCAACACUCUUGUCAAGGGAUAUGGUCCUGCUGGUCAGAGUUGUCUUCCUGCUCGGUGUCAUGUGGUCAGGGAGUUCAGAAACGUACCCGCCUCUGCCAGUCCUCUCAUUCGCAAUCUAACUUUUCCAAAGGGUGUCCGGGUCAAAGCCAGGAGACGGUCGUCUGUGAGAAUCCUAACUGCCCAGUGGCAGACGCACCCAUACAUGGAGCUGGAGAAUGGAGUCAUUGGUCGCCAUGCACGAGAGAUCAUGUUCAGUAUCGCCAUAGAUACAAGCCAUGUCACCCCCAUGAUGCUGGAAAUGGCACACCCCACUCUACCACCCCCAGAUCACAUAAUGGGGAACACUGCAUGGAAGAGGAAGUGGUCAAACAACAAUGUAUACAUGUGGACCCCGAUUUGGGUAUUGGAGUUCUGGCAAGUGUUCGCGAGAAGGCAAAUGUGACUAGCUUUGAGGCGGUCCAUCUCAUUGCCGUGGGAAUGAUCUCUUUUGUGAUUGGUGGAGUGGUAUCUGUGGGCGUGGUUCUGUAUGUUCAGCGACAGGGAAAAGCUCAAAAGAAAAACAAUCUUGAUCUGAAGAACAACAGGUAUGACCAUCGCAAGAACUCAUUGUACCCGAUGCCAUCUGAGCCGAGUUUGAACUUCCUCAACAUCAAUCUGAACAACCGCUUCUACAGCUGUAACUCACUCAACAAGGACAAGAUGACUGUCAAGGAGGCAACACUCAAGCGUAACUCCAUGAAGAGAAACUCAGACAAGAAAAACUCACCAAUGAGAACAAACUUGGCCAUAAAUGAUUUGUAAUCUGUGAAUGUAAAUCCAUGAAUACAUUUUUGGGUGAAAAAAUUUGAAAAAAACUUGGCCAUAAAAAUUAUUAAUCUGUGAGAGUAAAUUCCUGGAAAAACUUUUGGGUGAAAGCUCUUUGUAACAGCAAACUUGGCUACAAACAAACUUAAAUAUGAGAAAACUUUUAGGUGAAAUGAAAAAAUUUGCUGUGAACAAUUUGUAAUCUGUGAAAAUAAAUGAAUUUACUUUUUAGAGAACUCUUGAGUAAUAGCAGAUUUUUUCAUAAAAAUUUGUACUCUGUGAAAAUAAAUCCAUGGACAAAUUUUUGGAGGGAAAACUCUUUUGUCUGUAAAUGAUUAAUAAUCUGAAAAAGCAAGAUUCUUUGAUAGUCUUUGAUCAAGACCAAACUUAGCUAGAAAUAAUUCUAAUGGGUGAAGGCAAAUAGACUUCUUAGUGGAAGCUCUCUGGGUAAGAACUCGCUCAUUGACUCCUGAUUUAUCAUCACUGGAUAUAAUUUGAUGAAGAAAAACCCAAUGAGUAAAACCUAUGUGCAGAGAGCUAGUUUGAUGAGGAUUAUUUGAAUCGUACACCUUAAGAUGUGACUAUAUCAAGCAGCACAUGUAAUAAUUCCAAUCUUCAAACACAUCCAAUAAAGAUUUGACCAUUUUAUUGAGACCAUGCUAUUUAUUUCCAUGCAAUGGUACUAUUUGAGCACUGACUUAGUAUUUGACAAAAAUUAUCUAAGGUUGUACAUCAGUCACCAUAAAUGGAAUUUAUAUCUUAAAGUCUUUAUGUAUAAGUUUUCAGCAUGGCUGCUCUUUGUCAAGAAUGGCUCUUCAUUGUUUGUUAACACAUUUCUGAACAAUUUCUCAACAUUACUAUAUGUGACUUGUCCUGGACUGCUCUAAAACUAAAACAGAGUCUCUAGAAUUUGUAAAUAGAUUCAGGUGUAGUCUGUUGGCAAAAUUAAGAUAUCACUUGUCAAGAUUAAUGCUUUUCUAGCUUGUGCAGAGCUUUUCUUGUUUUAGGCAUACUAUUUUCUGCUUGCUAUUUUUGGAGUAAAUUUUGGGGAAUGGCAUUUACCAUGAACAUAGUCAUGAUAUAUAAUGCAAUCUCUGGCUUUUGGUGCCUUUGUGUAAAUGUGGUUAAAACUUCAUGGUGCUGACUUUUAAUUAAAUAUGUAAUCAUUACAUGGUGAAACUCCAGGUUGUUUAACAAAGGUAACAAUACACUUAAUGCAUGUUAUUGCUGUGGCCACAGGAAGUUACUGUCAUAAUCUCCAGUGCUAACAUUGAGAUUUGUGUCACUACAGAUUCUAACAGUUAAGGUGCUACAUAUUACAUUUCGUUAUAUACGUUUUGAAAACAAUGGUUGUGGCAAGAAACACCUAUUUUAAUACCUCACUGGCAAUAUACAAGAAGAUCCUUCCUGUGCAACUAGAUGGUGUAUUAUAGUCAUUGGUUCAUCAGAGUGUUACAACCUUUUCCACAAUGAAGCAUGACAUAUGGAACUGUCUUUUGUUCAUGUAGACGUCUAUGCCUAACCGUUUCACAUUAUGAAAAUGAUAUCUGGGAUAUCAAUGUAUUAUACAUAUUUAUUUGGAUUUAGACAUUUUUUGUAUAAACUCGUAGUUCUUUAUUUAUAAACUAAGGCUGAUUAAAGAGGUGCAGAACCAACACCGAUUGGCUGAGCGCUAAGAUAGAAUUUUGUUGGUCAAAGUCUGUAACUUUGGCCACACUUAAAUAAAUGUACAGUACCCAAAAUUCAACUUGAUCAGAACUUGCCUGUCUCUCACACCAGCCAAUCAUUGACAGUUCUGUACUACUUUAAGAUAAGUCUUGAGUUUUCUGUAAAUAUCUCAUUCAGAACAGUUCUACAGAAACAAUUUUGUAGAAUAACUGUCACAUUACAACAUUUGGAAAUGGAAAGAAACUUGAGAAACUAAAAUGAAUGUGACUGUUUGUUUUUUUUAUUAUUGCUUUAUUCACCAAAACCCCGGUAAAAAUCCUAAACAAUGUAUUACAUGUAUGCCGAAGUCCCCAAGCAGUGUGCAUUGUGUAAGUACAUGUACAGCACAAAAAAACAAUCCAGUUUUAUUUUGUCUAAGAAUUGUUGUGCAGUGGACUUGAUAAAGCAUUCAGUAAAUCAGCUUCUGCAUUGACAAAGUUUUCUGACAUGAAAACGCCAGAGGUUUUAUUUGUGUUUUAUGUUUAUUUUUAGUUAUGUUCAAUUGUCUUUUUGUGUACAUAAAAACUAGGGAAUGAAAUAAGCAGUUCCAUUUCUUCAGAAACACGCCUUACCAUAGAUUACUUACUUUUAUAACUAAUUGCAGCAUUUAUGUAUGUGUUGUACAGAAAAUACAAAUGUUGCAGUGUUAGAUACUGUUUCUUUUUUCCAGAGUUUUCAUUUGGAUAUUCCAUGCUAUAGAUCAUCAGAUCCAUUUCAUAUAUUUAAAUGCAGUCAUUUUUUGUUAAUAUACAGUCACAAAUGAGAGUCCGCUGUGUGUGGGGAGGUCUGUCAGCAACCUGCGAAUGGUCGUGGAUUUCCUCCCACCAUAAUGCUGAUCGCUGUCAUAUAAGCGAAAUAUUCUUGAGUACGGCAUAAAACACCAAUCAAAUAAAUAAAUAAAUCAACGGGAAUCAAAGAAAUUUUUUGUCCAAGCAGUCUGUGUUUUAACUUUGUCAAAUGAUUAAUCUACUCGCACAAGGCUUGUAAACGCCUAUUUAAGCCUUCAGUAAUUGUUGCUAUUUGGCCAUUGAUCUUAUUCUAUACAUCUCGACAUUUCCAAGUCUACAUAUGUUACAUACAUUGUAAAUGGAUCUUGGUUAGAUUUGUUUUAUCAGUUAAUGGCGUACUCCUGUCAAAUGUUCAUUCCACCAAUUGUAUUUGUAAAGAAAAAAAACCUUCAUAAAGUUGUUGCUAAUGUCGCUGGGCAUCUGUUUUUAUGAAAUUCUAGUCAUAUUUGUUUCCGUGUUAACCUGCGACGUGUAGCCACCGUAAGGGGUGCUAGUUUACACCUGUUGUAUGAAUGCAUGUUGUAAUCCUGUCACAUUUCUAGUCUGCUUUAAUACACACAAAUGUAAUGUUUGUUUAAUAGGCCCUUGUUACCAAUACUGUAAUUGUACGGAUAUUUGUUAACUUUGGUUUUAUAUUCUAGUCAUUUUCUUGUGCACAGUACAUUUACAUGUAUGAGCAUGAUGAGGCCAUUGUAAACCCUGUUAGUUUACUGGCACAGUAUGUACAACUUUCAUGUAGGCCUUCCUGUACGUUGGUUGUUUGGACAUCUGACUAAGGUGUUUUAAAAGUUGGUCAGUUUGUAAUCUACAUGUGAUGUGUUUUGGACACUGUAUAAUUAUGAAUAGUCUACAUGUUGACUGUAUUAAACGGUUGCUAUUGAACCAAAGAUCCUCUUCCUAUAACAGCUCCACAUUAGUAUCACCAUACACUUCAUGUCACAAUAUUUUCCUGGAUUUAUUGUAUAGUUUCUGAGCUUUAUUUUCUUAAUUAAGUUAUUGCACUCAGCAAAUCGGUGCCAUUGUUUGUUCACAGUUUUUGUUUGAUUUUUGUCUGUACAUUGGAAUUCAGUAUCACCAAGAUAGUACAAUGUGUGUUCAGA